AUGCCGAAGAAAGUCGUCAUGACACAAAGCAGUUUCACCUGCAUUGAUGCUACGAAACGACUCGAUAAUCCGUGUUGGUCCAAGAUGUAUACGAACGCCACGAACCUCUCGCUCUUUCCAUUCUUCCAAGCCGGCGGCUUUCUAACAUUGCUGGCGGCCUUGGCCUACCGUGGCGUGGUCGCCCUGCUCCCGCCUGGCCCUCCGCUAAAUGCACAGACGGUAGCAGAAGUCGUUCAAGCGGAGGACAUUACGACCGCCAACCUAAUGCCCGGUGUGGUCGCGGACAUAGCCAACGAUCCCCGGCUGCUGCCAAUUUUCGACAAAAUCUCCUACGUAGCGACCGGUGGUGGACCACUGCCCGCCACUGCCGGGGCCCUCGUUGCGAAGAAGGACCAACCUGCUAACCUUGUACGGUAG